AUGGGAGAAGAUCAAAAGGGUAAGAGAUUAAAAAGGAUUGUGUUUGUGACAGUAGGCACUACCAGCUUCGAUGCUCUGGUUCGCGCCAUGGAUACACAGGCAGUGAGGGAGGAACUCAGGAGGAGAGGUUACACUGAUCUGCUCAUCCAGAUGGGCCGCGGGUCUUAUAUCCCCUCAAAGGUCAAAAGAAGAAUACCUUGGAAUCUGAAAAAAAAUUUAACUUCACUUUUAUUCAUUUUUCUUAUUACAAUUUUGACUGGUGAUCAACAGGCAUCUAUCGCCAUGUGCUUCAAAUUUUAAUAUAUUUAAUCAUUGCCCUUUAAGAAAUAUUUAAAAGGAUGUAUAUUAUUCUUAUUUAAUACUUUAUGUAUCCUUACACUGUCUGAAGCUUAUUUUCAAUGGUACUAAUGCGAGUCUUUUCCAUAGUUUAUUAAGAUUAUUUUUUAUGAAUACGAUGCUGCUAUCUGUUUAUAAACCGGUUUAUAUUUGUUUUUGGAUUGGUCAUCAAUGGAAAUAAAUAAAAAAAUCGUUAUCCAAGUAAUUAGAAGCUGGCGAAUUGGCUGUUUGUCUUUAAAUUGGACAGAAAGUGAUGAGCGUUACCUCACCUUCUACUUCUGUCUGCAGUUUUCAGGGGAAGAUGGGCUUGUUGCUGUGGACUACUUCACCUUCUCACCUACCAUCGCUGACUACCUCCUGUCAGCAGAGCUCGUGAUCAGCCACGCAGGUAGAGAACCAUCAGCAUUUCUCCCCACUCUGCCGUAGGCCUGUUACACCCAUCAUCUAUCUCUACUGGCGCCAUCUAUACAUCUUUGAGGUCAACAAAACGUGUUGAGACUGGAAUCGUCUCACUGGGGGCUCAUCGUAACAGGACAAGCUUUACGCCCACUUAGAUAUGAUCAGCCAAUCGACUACAUCCAAACCGCCGGCCUAAUUGGGCAUGGAUCGUCUUCUCCAUCGAGCAUCUUCUGAUGGAAAAAAUUGUGCUCCGUUUUGUAGGAUCAGGCAGCAUCUUUGAGACUUUGCGUCUGGGGAAGCCGCUUGUCGUGGUGGUCAACGAGGACCUGAUGGACAACCACCAGAGUGAGCUGGCAGAUGAGCUGGCGGCGAGGAAGCACCUGUUCUGCUCCCGCCCCCAGUCCCUGGGUCAGGCUCUUAGAACCAUGGAUCUUGAGGCCCUAGUGCCGUACUCUCCUGGGGAUGCCCGGCCCGUCGCCACCCACAUCAACAAGUUCCUCGGAUUCCAGGCUGACUAG